AUGCUUGAACGAAAUGGUUCAGUACGAUCACGUGCCAGAAGUCUCGAAAUGGGGCGACCGGACACAUUGGAGCCGUUGCGAGGCAAAUUGAAUAAGGACGAGUUUAGCCCCGAAUUGCUCGAUGCUCUUGACGAAGUGGCCGAUGAUGAAUCGCUGCUAUUGGAAGCAUGUCGUCAGGAUAACCUAUAUCCAAUCUACUUUGAGCACAUAAAUACUGGCCGAAUGCAGUACGCAUUGUUGUUUCUGUUCUCGCUGUGUGUAGCGCAGACAUUGCUGACGAUUCUUCUUCAAGAAUGGAUCCUCUUAGCACUGCUCGUUGUUAUUGAUGUUGUCGUAUUGGGUUGGACUAUUUUUCACAAAGGAAACUCGUACGUGCUCUCGUCUGUUGUGAUUGUUUGCUCUGUGGUUCUUCUCGCAUGUGCACCAUACAUAGUACACUCAUCACUUACAGUUCUAAUACUGUUUCUUUGCUAUACUCUACUUCCACUACCUCUUCUUCCUACUGCACUGGCAGCAGCAGUUGUGUCGGCAACGGGUCUUUCCAUACAAAUUAUCAAUAAUGCUAAUUAUACAAUGCUUGUCUCGCAUGCUAUCCUCUUCUUUGCCAUCAAUAUCGUUGGUUUUUUCGUGUUCUAUCCAAUUGAGCUGGUGCAAAGGAAAACAUUUCGGGAAACGAGAAAAUUCGUCGAAACAAGGAUGAUGCUGGUGCGAGAAAUGGACAAACAAGAGAAGAUUCUACUCUCCGUAUUGCCGAAACACAUAGCCUAUGAGGUGAAGAGCCAUAUGGACAAAAGCGAAGAGGGCUUGUUUCAUAGGAUUUACAUCAAGAAACACGAGAACAUCAGUAUCCUCUUCGCUGAUAUUUGCGGAUUUACAAACUUGGCCUCGGAAUACACUGCUGAGGAGUUGGUGCUAAUGCUGAAUGAGCUCUUUGCACGCUUCGACGCCCUUGCUGCCCAACACAAUUGCAUGCGAAUUAAAAUUCUUGGCGAUUGCUACUACUGCGUCAGUGGACUUCCAGAUGUAAAUCACUAUCAUGCUGCUUGCACAGUGGAAAUGGGACUCGAUAUGAUUGAGACCAUCAAACUUGUUCGAGAAAUGACCCGAGUGAAUGUAAACAUGCGUGUCGGCAUACAUUCUGGAAGAGCUCAUUGCGGAGUCCUCGGCUUGAAAAAAUGGCAAUUUGACGUCUGGAGUGACGACGUCACACUGGCGAAUCACAUGGAAGGCGGUGGAUUGCCAGGGAGGGUCCACAUUACCAAAGCUACAUUGGAUGCCCUCAAUGGGGAAUACAUCGUAGAAGAAGGCCAUGGCGCUGAACGGUCGAAAUAUCUGGCUGAUCACCAUGUGGAAACGUUUCUAGUUGUGGAAGCAAAGAAUAAAUCGGUAUCGGCCCAUCCGCAAGCUCGAUUGAACGCAAACAAAGAGCUGCGUCUUACUGGCCAUGCAAGCAAAUUACAAAGAGGUCAAAGUCUACGGCAAGCCGUGAAGCCGACAAAACCGUUGAAAGAUGACGUUGAAAAUCAUCUAAAACAAGGUAUUCAGGCAAUAAAUAAAGAAAAUUGGCGACAAACACAUUGUAAACGUUUCACACUUGAAUUCGAGAAAAAACAUGUGGAGAAAAAGUUUUUGGAGAUCAAAGAGUCAGCACUGCUUGCUCAAAUCUGCUGCUACUUCUUCAUUUUUGUUUUGGCAUGUUGGAUUCUAAUUAUUGGAAAAAUGAGCAGUUCAACUAUGUUCAUUUGUAUGAGUGUGGUGAUCAUAGCGCUCGUCCUUUUGCUCAUCUACAUAGCACUUAAAGCUUUUUUGUUGAGAAAUGCGAAACGAGGGGCGAAGAAGCUGAAAUGUUCGCGGAGUGUUCGGAUUUUUUUCAUUUUCGCUAUCGUACUGCUUGCACAUUCCACAGUCAUCAGCGCUAUCAAUCACGAUCCAUGUAACUUUGAAUGCACAACAGCAGGUCCCAUCCUCAGCAAUUCCUCUUGUGUGGAAAUCCCGACUGGACAAGUAGAGCUAAUAUUUGAGACGAGUUUAUUACUCCUACUAUCCAUAUGCGUCUACCUGGCAUUGCUCUCCUCAUCCAAGGUUGGUAUCGCUACCGUACUCAGCGUAACCGGAAUCACACUGAUGUGGCUCUUCCCUGAUCCACAAUUUAGCAAUCGGCAAUUUCAUGUCUGGUUGCAUAGAAAUCAAUUUUUCCAUAACUUCACAAUCGUUGACCAAUUGGAGGCAUACUGCAGCGAUGUAUCACCAAUUGACGAUUUGCGCAUCUUUUUCACUGUUACGGCAAUUUUUGGAGUUGUGCUGAUUAUGAUGCAGACUCGACGAUCAGAACUAAUUUCUAGAUAUGACUUUAUAUGGAAGCUACAGGCCCUCCACGAACAAGUUGAAAUGAAAAAGAAGCAUGCACAGAACAGAAGCAUCCUAGAAAAUAUUUUACCCAGCCAUGUCGCUAAACAUUUCUUGGAAGAUAAAGUAAACAGCAAAUCUAAGGAACUCUACCAUGAGGCUCGUGAUUAUGCAUGCAUAAUUUUUAUCACGAUAACGGACUUCAGUAAAUUUUACAUGGAACUCGAUGCAAAUAAUGAAGGAGUGGAAUGCUUACGUCUACUGAACGAGAUAAUCUCUGAUUUUGAUGACUUACUCGAUAGGGAUGAAUUCAAAUGCAUAGAAAAAAUCAAGACGAUCUCAACGACAUACAUGGCAGCUAGCGGAUUAUAUGGAAAGACCGAGGACAAUUCACAUGUGGUCGCUGUAGCACGUUUUGCUCAAGCCCUGUUGGUGAAAAUUCAGUCAAUAAACGAGCACAGUUUUAACAAUUUUGAUUUACGCAUAGGUAUCAACACUGGACCGGUGGUUGCUGGUGUGAUUGGACUGAUGAAACCACACUAUGAUAUCUGGGGCAACUCAGUGAAUGUGGCUAGUCGCAUGGACUCUUCCGGUGUGCCUGGAAAAAUUCAGGUCACUGAGGAGACAAAAAGCAUUUUGGAAAAGGAAGGAUUUGAGUUCGAGUGUCGUGGAGAGAUCAACGUGAAAGGCAAAGGACUAAUGACAACAUACUUUCUCGUCAAAGGCCCGUAUGAAAUUGUGGGAACCGUAAAGGACGAACAGGACCAAGACCAGAACCAAGUAGAAGAAUUUGUUUGAACUUUUCGCUCUAAGUAGUGACACACAUAUCUUCUGUGACUCUCAGUGUUGACGCUCGUUUAGGUGCUAUUCUCUGAUAAAUUGAGCCUAAAUGCUUAGUAGUUUGUGCAUGUACGUGAUUACUUAUGCUGUGAUACUAGCAAUGAUACUGUUUCUGCUGUGUAGCCUUCUUUCUAUCCUUAUCUGUGUGUGUGUUUGCGCCGAAAGGCGCAGGUUUGAUGUCGUUGUUGGCUCACGGGUUUUUCGGCUAAUUGUGAUCUGCUACGUUAACGUAUCUGUGAGUGGCUUCUCUCGUUCCCUAGCAAAUGCUUUAACCCCUUCAUAUUGCUAUAGAUCAAUGAGGUGAAAGAAUGUUUUUAAAUGUUUUUUGACGUAAAUGAAAUCAAAUGCUAUAACUUCAUGUGAUUGCAAUAGAUUGUUGAAUU